AUGAUUGAUAACGGCUCCCAUAUCAUGAUUAUUAUUAGAUACCUCCAAAUGAGUCCAGAGCGGUUUGACCAUUUGUUGUCAUUAAUGGGUCCACAUAUAGCAAAACAAACGACACGUCUUCGUGAAACUAUAAGCCCAUCUGAAAGGCUGGUGAUAACGUUGAGAUAUUUGGCCAGUGGCGAUUCUCAGCAAUCCCAAUCGUUUAACUUCCUAAUAGGACGAAGUACUGUUUGUGGAAUAGUGAAAGAGACAUGUGCUGGAAUCUGGAAGGCAUUGAGCUUUCAGUACUUGAAAGCACCUGAAACAAUAACCGAUUGGAAGGAAAUAUCAAAAAACUUCUUGGACGAAUGGGACUUCCCACACUGUCUAAGAGCACUAGAUGGGAAGCAUAUAAUGAUUGAAUGUCCAGCAAGAGGAGGUUCUGACUUUUUUAAUUACAAAGGUUUUCACAGUAUUGUACUGUUAGCAAUCUGUGAUGCAAAAUAUUGCUUCACAAUGGUUAAUAUUGGAAGCUUUGGAAAGGACAAUGAUGCCAAUAUAUUUAAUUAA